AUGACUGUCCCAGACGAGGUCGAUAUCAUCGUUACUGGUGGAGGAUCAUGCGGUUGUGUCGUCGCUGGCCGAUUGGCCAACUUGGACCACAAUCUUCAGGUCAUGCUCAUUGAAGCUGGAGAGUCCAACCUCAACAACCCUUGGGUGUAUCGUCCUGGUAUCUAUCCCAAGAACAUGAAGCUCGACAGUAAGACUGCUUCAUUCUACUACUCGAGACCUUCUGAAUGGCUCGGUGGACGUCGUGCCGUUGUACCUUGUGCCCAUAUUCUCGGUGGAGGUUCAUCUAUCAAUUUCAUGAUGUACACUCGUGCUUCGGCUUCCGACUAUGAUGACUUCCAAGCCAAGGGUUGGACCACCAAGGAGCUCAUCCCCCUGAUGAGAAAGCACGAGACAUACCAGAGAGCUUGCAACAACCGUGACAUCCACGGUUUCGAAGGUCCCAUCAAGGUCUCCUUCGGCAACUACACUUACCCCGUCAUGCAAGACUUCCUCAGAGCCGUCGAGUCCCAAGGUAUCCCCGUCACAGACGAUCUCCAAGACUUGACAACGGGUCAUGGAGCCUGCCACUGGGAGAAGUGGAUCAAUAGAGAUACUGGACGUCGAUCUGACUCUGCUCAUGCUUACAUUCACAGCACACGUGCUGUUCAUUCCAACUUGCACUUGGUUUGUAACACCAAGGUCGAGAAGAUUAUUAUGGAAGGAGGUAGAGCUGUUGGUGUCAAGGUUGUCCCUACCAAGCCCCUUACUCCUGGACAGGAUCAUGCCAAGGUUUAUAAGGCAAGAAAGCAAAUCAUCGUUAGUGGUGGUACCCUGAGUUCACCCCUCAUCCUCCAGCGAUCAGGCAUUGGUGACCCCGAGAAGCUUCGUGCUGCUGGUGUCAAGCCUCUGGUCGACCUUCCUGGUGUUGGUCUCAACUUCCAGGAUCAUUACUUGACAUUCUCGGUCUUCCGUGCUAAGCCUACCUGUGAAUCUUUCGACGAUUUUGUUCGUGGAGACCCUGUUGUACAGAAGCAGGUGUUUGAUCAGUGGAACAUCAAUGGUACUGGUCCGCUGGCUACUAAUGGUAUCGAUGCUGGCGUCAAAAUCCGCCCAACCGAGGAAGAACUCAACCAAAUGGACUCCUGGCCAUGUCCCGAGUUCAGAUCUGGAUGGGACAGCUAUUUUGCCAAGGCCUUAGAUAAACCUGUUAUGCAUUAUUCAGGGAAGUCGUUGGCUAACGAAAAAACAGUUAUUGCUGGAUGGUUUGGCGACCACAUGCUCAUGCCCCCUGGAAAGUUCUUUACCAUGUUCCACUUCCUGGAGUACCCCUUCAGCAGAGGUUUCACUCACAUCACCUCUCCUAGUGCCUACGACGCCCCUGACUUUGACGCCGGCUUUAUGAACGACAAGAGAGACAUGGCACCCAUGGUCUGGGGCUACGUCAAGUCACGCGAGACAGCUCGCCGCAUGGAUGCCUACGCCGGAGAAGUACAAUCCAUGCACCCCUUCUACGCCUUUGACAGCCCAGCCCGCGCUCUUGACAUGGACCUGGCCACCACAAAGGCCUAUGCAGGAGAAAACCACAUCACUGCGGGUAUCCAACACGGUAGCUGGAGUAUGCCUCUGGAAUCUGGUACCGCUCCCUCACCUAGCUUCUUGAACAGCAAUAAGCAGGAGAUCAGGCAGGAUCUGGUUUACACGAAUGAGGAUAUCAACCAUGUUAUUGAGUGGACCAAGAGACAUGUGGAGACUACCUGGCAUAGUCUGGGAACGUGCUCCAUGGCUCCCAAAGAGGGCAACUCGAUUGUCAAGCAUGGUGUCUUGGAUGAGCGCCUCAAUGUCCACGGUGUCAAGGGCCUCAAAGUUGCUGACCUCUCCAUCUGCCCUGACAACGUGGGUUGCAACACCUACUCCACUGCUCUGUUGAUUGGAGAGAAGUGUGCCAUGCUUGUCGCAGAAGAUCUUGGUUACUCGGGCAGUGCUUUGGACAUGAAGGUGCCCAACUACCAUGCACCCAGAGAGAUUGCUGGACUUUCUCGUCUGUAGUGGAACGAUGCUGCUUAUGAUGAUGAGGUGAAUGGGAAUUCAAUGCUUCUAUUGUUUAUAGUCUAUGACCUCGAAAUGAC